AUGCUGGCCAGCUCUUCUGGAUGGCGGAGCUUCGACGACAUUCUGGAUCAAGAGUGUGGCGUCUGCAAGUUCCUCAGGCUGAACACGAUGGGGCGCACGCAAGAGACAACCGAAGUCAUGGAGAGGACGGCGCAAAUCAACAAGGCGUUCGAACAGGUCACACCCCUGGUGGCUGCCGGCUUCCAAGUCCUGCAAACAACCAAGGACAUUUCCAUCCUACUAGCCUGCAUUGAGGUCCUGACCUGCGUCUUUUUAGGUCUGGUGCUCCUCGCCCUGGUCGGCAUCAUAUGCACGAUAAAUCCGGAGCUUGAAAGGGAGAAGGAUGAGCUGGUGACGCCCGUCGUGAAGUGGCUGGCGAGCUGGAUAUUCUCGUAUGGGAGGAUAGUAGGCUGGCUACUGAGGUUCACGAUCGUUGUGACGACCGCUGGGCUGGGUAUAUUCUUUUGGCAAGGGUCGCUUGUAGGCGUGAGUGUGCCUGGGACGCCGUUGGAACGCGAUGGUGAUGGCAAGGAGGAGGCGUCAAACUCACGAGUUCUGUCCUCCAUGGCUUCACCAACCGAGAGUCAGGGCUCACCGCUGGGCUCCGCGAUGAUGGGUCGCGACGGGUGCUUCAUUACAGACCUGUCAAUCGAUCUCAUCUAUCAAAUCAUCGACGUGAUUCCCUACGAAUCGCAACUCAACUUUGCCCUCACCUGCAAAAGACUUGCAGAAUGCUCUAGCCGGGUUCUGAACUGUCACCAAGAAGCUUUCAGCAAGUACCGCGUGGCAUCAGACAUCUCCCCCACCACCAUCCCGACAUUGCUACGCAGCGUCUGUGGACGUGGUGACCCAAUCCUCGCCUGGCAUGUUCGAUCAAUCGAGAUCUGGUAUGAUCGCAAAGGCUGGGUGGACUGGAAACCACUUCGUUUCGACCAUUCUCUGCAACAAGAAGCCGAGCAUGUUGACUGCGUCUCAUGGAACUGGCAAGAUGGUGAGCUGGAUGAGUAUCUCGUGGACGUCCAAGGUCAAUUCCUUGCCAUGGUUGGCGACGAUGACGACAAAAUAUACACCGAGGCCCAUGAGCAUUUCAAUACCGGCUACGACGGACUUCUAAAGGCGCUCCUCAUUGCAUAUUGCCCAAGACUCAGGGACAUCAAAUUCAUCACGCACGAGCACAGGGAAACGUCCACGCUUGGCUGGCUCAAAAGACUGAUCCAGGGAAGCAUCCUCCACGACAGCCACUGGCCUGCUGGUCUCUGCAACAUCCAAAGUGUUGCCGUUGGCGUCGAGUCGGACACGUGGAUGACGACACGACACACGGAUCUAGCCGAUCGGAAUCCGUUGGAUGGAACGAACAAGUCCAUGGAAAUGUUUUCUGCGCUGCUGCGCCUGCCUCAUCUCGCCUCGAUCUAUUACAACGACCUGCGGCGCGCGUACACCUCGAGGGACGACGAAACAGAUUUCGAGUCAGAAACCCUGAUACCUAUGCGGUCUUCUACGGUCAAGCAUAUCUUCCUUGACGACUGCGGCUACAUGCCUUAUUCCUUCCGCGACGCCCUUCCCCGCGCCCCGCAAGCCCUAGAGACGUUUACGCUUCGUGCAGGUCAAUCUGGCGACUGUUUGGACAAUGCUGACACGAUCGUAAAAUGUCUCUGCAAAGCACAUAACAAGUCUUUACAUACUCUCAUGUUCUACGGCCCAUACGACCAUCGUGAGAUCCAUGGGUAUCGAUGUUCCGUCUACCGAAACGAAGAGCUCAACGGCUCCAGACACAAUCUGAAGACAGUGGCUAUGGAUAUCGAAGACAUAGAUUUGGACUGCUUCUACAGCGCAUCAGACCAGGACCAAAAUUGGACUGAAGAGGAUUAUCGCAAAUACUUUGUCAAGUGGUUUCGCGAAACAGCAUUUCCUGAAACGACUCAGAGGCUCGUGUUCUGGGGCUCAGGAGGUGGCUAUAUGCAAGGAGCCGGAACCAACUUCCUCGACUGGCUGGAAGACGCCUUGAUCAAUGUCAUUGAGUCAUGGCGCUGGAAGGAAGGGUGGAACUCAGCAGAUGAAGACGAGUCUGACAAGCUUUCCACUGCUCAUGAGUCCCGGGCCUUCCUGCCAGAUUUAAAAGCAAUCUACCUCGAAGAGAUCGAGCGUGUUCGGCUGGCAUAUAACGAGCGCGUCAGGAGACCGGAACCAAAGGUGAAUAAGGUUUACUUUAGCAGACUUGUCGAAGUGGCUAAAGCGGCGGGGUUGGAUGUCUAUACGCUGACCAAUCGGGCGCCGGCGAAGCACUCGCACGACUUUCCUACUGCGCCAGACAAGUAUGACCUGAGAACUGGACCCUGGUGGGAGCAGAGACACGAGACCGAGGAUUGGGUUCUCGACGUUUACAAGGGUAGGAGGGUGCCUCCUGGGUGUGGCAAGUGCGGCAAAUGCGAGCAGUGUUUAAGCCUAUACACAGAAGAGCUGUGGGGUCCUCUCAAAGCUUGA